ACGGUCAACUUUCCUUCCAUGCCCCCGUUUGCGUUGUAGGGUGAGACCAUCUCGAUGACUGCAAGCUCGACAAGCAGAAGACGUGGUCCGCCGCGGGGCACCCACGAAACAACUGUCACGGAGAAGGCCCAAUCGACUACUCGACAAACAGGCGCUAUGCAACCCCUGAAUACAGCCAACGAAACGGCCGACACUGACCACAUCGAUUACGAGAAACAACACGGCGAGCGUGAGAGGCAGGCCUUGUCGCAGGGGCCCGCAACGCUUGCAAGACGCUUGGUUGUCGAUACGCUCCCUCAAUGGCUUGCAAUUGGGGUUAUGCUUGGAUUGAUCUUUGGUGGCUGCUGUUCUAAUGUUUACGCUCUUGAAGCCAUUAUCAAAGUUGAGCCUUCAAGCGGCACGCUCUUGACAUUCGUGCAGUUCUUGUUCGUAGCUGUUACUGGGUACAUCUCACAACUUGAUCGCUCGCGACCACCAUUGUUCAUUCGGCCAAACAAAGUUCCUCUCCGACGUUGGAUGGUGAAUAUUUUCCUCUUCUUCAGCAUCAAUGUCUUGAACAACCAUGCGUUCAGCUACGACAUAUCAGUCCCUGUUCACAUUAUCCUCCGAUCUGGCGGGAGUAUCACUACUAUGGCGGCAGGAUCCUUGUACGGCAAGCGAUAUUCGCGCAUACAAAUUAUUGCCGUGCUCCUGUUGACCGUAGGGGUUAUUACCGCGGCCUGGUCAGAUUCGCAAACGAAGAACACCACAGAAUCGACUAAGGCUAGUGCUGAGGCACGAGAAGCGAAGCCAACAUUCGGGACUGGCCUUAUCAUUCUUUUCGUGGCUCAAAUACUGUCUGCAAUUAUGGGUCUUUACACAGAAGAGACGUAUAAGAAGUAUGGCCCCCACUGGAAGGAGAACCUCUUCUACUCUCAUCUAUUAUCCCUGCCACUCUUCUUGCCCUUCCUGCCUUCUCUUGUGAGACAGUACGGAAGGCUGGCCAACAGCACUCCCCUCUCACUCACACCGUGGGCGGCUGGCAAGUCCGAACCAUCUGUCGACGGAACAUCUGUGUAUUUGAGCGGAAUCCAAGUUCCCAGCCAGCUGGCCUACCUUGCUAUCAAUGUUCUGACGCAGUACGCAUGCAUUCGAGGCGUCAACCUUCUGGCGGCAGCCUCGUCCGCCUUGACUGUUACAAUUGUCCUCAACAUACGGAAGCUGGUUAGUUUGUUGUUGAGCAUCUGGUUUUUUGGAAACACCCUUGCCACUGGAACGUUGUUAGGAGCUGUAGUGGUGUUUGGGGCUGGAGGCUUAUACUCGCUUGAUUCCAAAAAGAAGCCAACGCGAACACAGCCGAAGCAAGACCCGAAUUUGAAAUAGACAAGCUCAACCAGCUUCAGGUC